GAUGACUGGCACGGACCCGUUCUUCAACGUCUAGGCCAAGGCUGAGAGGAGAGACGAGAAACCCCAAGACUGCGGUUUUCAAGUGUCAUCUGGACACCAUUUUUAUUCCGGGUCUCACUGUUCCCUGCAGGUGAUUGCAUCCGGAGGCAGCGCCUGGGAAACUUCGGGAUAUCGAGGCCCAGCCUUGCCUUCAGUUCUUUUGGCUUCGCCCCAGUGGAGGAUGGACAGGUUUCUGGUUAAGGGUGUUCGGGGAUGCCCCGUUGGAAAAUGUCCACGGGAACAGCUGGGGAGAAAGCGGUCCCUGGAGCAGAGUGAAGAUGGCCAUGGGCGAGAGACAGAGCCAGAAAAUGGGGGAGAGAGCCCCAAGAAAAAAGCAUCGGUUACGGCGGACACCUCUGUGGAAGGUCACCGCUGGCAGCACAUCAAGGCUGAGGGCCUGGAUUGUGAUUACACAGUCCUCUUUGGUCGGGCUGAGGCAGACAGACUUUUUCAAGAGCUGGAAAGAGAAGUGGAAUACUUUACAGGUGACCUUUCCAAAGUUCAAGUGUUCGGGAAGUGGCACAACAUUCCGAGGAAACAGGCGACCUACGGCGAUCCCGGGCUGUCUUACACCUUUUCGGGUCUCACCUUGUCUCCCAAACCGUGGAUCCCAGUGAUGGAGCGUAUCCGGGACCGCGUCUCCCAAGCCACCGGACACAACUUUAACUUUGUACUUGUCAACAGGUAUCAGGACGGGCGCGAUCACAUCGGGGAGCACCGGGACGACGAACGGGAACUGGCCCCCCGGAGCCCCAUCGCCUCCGUGUCCUUCGGCGCCUGCAGGGACUUCUGCCUGCGGCACCGCGACUCUCGAGGGAAGAAGCCCUGGAGGAACGUGGCCGGCGUGAAGCUGCAGCUGGCCCACGGGAGCGUCCUCCUGAUGAACUACCCGACCAACCUGUACUGGUACCACAGCCUCCCCGUCAGGAAAAAAGUUCGGGCUCCGCGAAUCAAUCUGACCUUUCGGACAAUUGCGUCUCCUGGAAAGUAAACGUUUUAGUGGUUUUAUUUUCUCUUCUCCCCUCAACCGAGCUUUUGCUCUGGACCGUGGGACCACCUCCUCCUCAUCUCUCCUACUUCAAACCGGGGCUCAUUGACGCUGUGAUUUGAAAGAGACUAACGUUGGAAAGCUGUGAAAGAAAAGUUGCAACUUUCAAUGCAGAAAUGGGAGAGAUGGGGGUAAAAAUUGGUGUAUGAUAGGAGUCACUGUCCUUCCUACUUGGAUUUGUGCUUCAAAACAGGGAACUGGGAAAUACCACCACUUGAUCUUUUCUAAUUUAAAAAGUAUUCUUUAUUGCUAGAAGAUACAACAGGUACAAAAGGUACCUGUAGCAAAAACGUAAAAAUCAGUGGUUUCUUUCAUGGGGUGGCAGCGAUGCAGUUGUUUGAAUUUAGAUAGUGAACUUGAGCUAAAAAUAUAGGAUUUUAAAACUGUACUAAGCCAAGAAUAAGCAAAUCGGAAUUAUUUCAUCUCUAAAGAAUAAACGUGUAUGCUCUGUUUUUAAUAAAUAGUUUUUUGGGGGGG